GCAUACGCACGAAUGGCCGUAUUGAUGAGACGAUGUACGAGAUGAAAAUUUAACGGCUAAACGCAUCAGCCUGAGGCAGUCGGAGGGGCUACCAAAACGUACCGUAUUACUUAGCCAGUCGUCGCUCGCCUUGUAAAUAAAUGACGACGUUCUUCCACUAAGAUCCUAGAAACGAUUUACGAUAGCCGAAAGAAAAAAAGGACAAGCAAAAGCAGAACUUAUUUAGAAGACAAGAGACUUUUGUCUUCAAAAUGGCACCUUCGAAAGUAUUAAGUACACAGACUAAGGCAACUACUAGUGGAGUAGUCACGCGACGGGGGUCGGCAAUACGCCAACAAAAUACAAUUAUUCCUAAUACACAUACAGAAAAACAACAACCAAUUCUGUUUAAAGAUACAAGAAUUAAACGUAAAGCUGAAGCCUCACCAAUGAAAGACAAAAUGACAAAGCGGUCUGCGCUUGGUAACAUCACAAAUGCUAUUGGAAAAACUAUAGGUGUUCAAUUACACGAAACUAAAAAAAUUACAAAAAAAAUUUCUAUUAGCCAAUCUGUUAAAACUAGCAGUACUCAAACAGCAAGCACAUUAAGGCCGUUGGAUAAAAUAUUGGGCAAACAUGAUAAUGCUCAUGUCAAAUCUAAACAAGUAGCGCGUGUCAAACCACCAGUGAAAAAAGGAGAUGACAAAACAGAAACUUCCGCUAAAGUAAUCAAUACAAGACGGAGUGUGGAUCUAGAGAAAUCUGACGAAAGUUCUUUAUACGUUAGUGCCUUGGAAACUCUUCCAGAAGAAAAUGUAAAACGAUUAUCUAGGACUCAAAAAGAUACAGAUAAGAAAACAUUAACACUGGAAAGUAAAGCGCCAUCCACAGCGCUUGUUGAAAAGUCGGAAGUAAUUCCAGUGCGUCGCAAUGUGGCCCCGAAAGCGGUCCUUCCGGACGGUGUGCAAUGGGACUUCGACGCGGAAAACUGGCAGGACCCAUAUCAGGUGCCGCAGUAUGCGAUGGAUAUAUUUGAGUACCUGAAGGGACGUGAGCAUCUCUUCCCAAUCGGUGAUUAUAUGGAGCGACAAGUGUGUCUGUCACGCUGGAUGCGCUCUCUUCUCGUCGACUGGAUGGUUGCGGUACAAGAAUCCUUUGAACUCAACCACGAGACCCUGUAUUUGGCGGUGAAACUGGUGGACCUUUAUUUAACCAAGGUCACAGUGGGAAAAGAAACGCUACAACUCCUUGGGGCUGCAAGUCUUUAUAUAGCUAGUAAAUUUGAUGAGAGAAUUCCUCCAAUGAUAGAAGAUUUUUUGUACAUAUGUGAUGGUGCUUACUCGCAUCGAGAAUUGACUCGAAUGGAAAUGAAUGUUCUCAAAAUUAUGGAUUUCAAUCUUGGAAUACCUUUAUCUUAUCGAUUUUUACGACGUUAUGCUAGGUGCGCCAAGGUUUCGAUGCCGACGUUAACAUUGGCACGUUAUAUUUUGGAGUUUUCACUAACUGAUUAUGCGACGAUAUCAUAUAGCGAUAGUAAAAUGGCAGCGGCGGCUCUAUUCCUUGCGUUACAAAUGAAGGAUCUUGGAAGUUGGACGACAACAUUAGAAUAUUACACGGGCUAUAAGUUGUCACAUUUCUCUGAUAUUGUCCUAGUUUUGAAUGAAGGCCUGCAUAAAAAACAUAAAGAAGCUAUAUCAACUGUUCGAAAUAAGUAUAGUCACAAAAUAUUCUUUGAAGUAGCUAAAGUGCCAUUAAAAGACGUUCUAGAUUUGUAAUUAAUUCUAGCAUAAACCGUAAGUAUUAGAGUCUGAAAAAUCAAAGCCAGGCGCAUAAAUUGAUGCGCCGAUUACGGGGUUCUUUUCAGAACCAAAAUCUUGACUGCGAGACAUCUUGAGUCCGAAAUGAGGGAGAAAGAGGCAAAAGCGAGACAAUCUUGAACAUCGAAUCGCGCGCUUCGAUGUUCUUGCAAAGCUUGUGUGAUAACGGUUGACAAUGAACCAAGGACUCAAUUAGUUUAAAUCAUAAUAGUAAUGAAAUACAACCAUAUUGAAAAUGGGUCAAGAUGGAUGGAGUUUAUACAAGUUUUAUUCAUUUUACUACAUGCAUUGAGCUGUAUUGUACGCCGCUCAAUAUUCUUAAGCUAUUUAGAUUUUAUAUUUGUUAAUAAGUCUACUAUAGCGUUAUACUUUUCUACAUAUCUAUUAAAUUUUGACGGAUUUAUAAAAAUCAUUUUUUAAUUUUUUG